UUAUAUUAUACCAGUAACCAGCAUAACAGCAGCAGCACAAAGCUGUGCGCGCCUGCGAAUAAGAGAACAUAGAGUAAUCCCUGCGCCGAGUUUACAUAUCUCCGCGGAUGCUACUCGUGCCAGUCGAGCUCCAGCAGCGAUCACGCGUACAGCACGAAUCCUCGCGCAGAUGAGCUUCGCGCGAUUAAGCACGUCGUCGUUGUCGUUGUCUCCCCUGAAGAAGAACGGACGAGCCGAAAUAUUUUGGACAGCUCGCAUAACUUGUGUUUUUGUUUUUCUCUUCCUCUCGGCUACUGCUCUUCUCGUUUGUUCAUCUGUCGCGUGACACGGCUUUUUGUGUGUGCGUGAGUGGCCCAUUGUGCAGGAGUAAAGUAAUCGGGUGCAGUUUUUCUGCAGUAUUUCGUUCUGGUGCAUCUGUGUGAGUGUUAUGUUUGUGCGCGCGUCGAGAGGAUGCUGUAUCAAGCUCACCGCACGCGUGCUACUGUAUAAGUGAAGCACGCGAGUCUCUCUUUGUUUCUAAUGAGCAUACAGCUAAUUGCGAUCACGUUUGCACAGCCUACACAUGCUCCUGGCCGUCAACGCUCAUUUCCGUAUACACGUAGCUGUUAAAGGACAUCGAAAGUAUUUUUUCACGAGGGUCAAUUGAUGAAUAAAGGUUCGCCGAGAUGCGGAAGAUUACCGAAUCGCGUCAUGAGAAUGGCCAAAACGAGGAACAAAACGGCGGGCCUGCCGAUUCGAACGAGCAGGACAUUUGUAAAAGUCAUCACCAUCAGCGACAGCAGCAGCCGUUGCCGCCCCAAUCGCCCCAAGCCGAGAAGCCCGUGGCGCUGUUGGAGGAAAUUUUUUACAUAUCAUCGAAGCGCAACAGCCUGUACAGGGUCAGAUUGACCGAGCGCGGCUUGAGUUUGCAAAAGGAGAGCAAUUGUUCGCCGAGCAAAACCGAGAUCAUACCGGUCGAGGAUAUAAUUGGAUGCAGGUGCUUGCGGUCGAAGCGUCGCAGCGCCGGAAGCUGCGCUUGCGGCAGCGGCGCGUCGAGGGGCCAGCCCCGACUGGUCGACACCAGCGAGCAGGUACUGCCCCACGACGAGUACGACAGCUCGGCCUACCUCUACGUGUACGCGUACACGCUGAAAAAGUCCAAGAGCUCGACCAAGUCGUCCACGAAGAAGAAGCAGCAGGCGAGGCGUCGCGAGCGCAUGACUGUGACUCUGCGUUUUCGCUCCUUCGAUCGUUACGAGGAUAAUUUGCGCGAGGCCAGCCGAUGGAGGCUCGCGCUCAAGUGUCUCGUGCACAAAUUGCCUGUGCCAAAAACGUACAUGAGCCCGACGCAUCGCAAUCUCGACUCGCUGCUCUCCGAGUGUCCUGGCGAGCCGAAAAAAUUGCUCGUUAUGCUGAAUCCAAAGUCUGGUCCAGGCCGAAGCCGCGAGAGCUUUCAACGUCGUGUACAUCCGAUACUGUCCGAGGCGGACUUGACGUACGACGUAUUCAUCACGCGCCACUCGGACUACGCGCGUGACUUUGUCCGCACUCGCGAUCUCUCGCAGUGGUCGGGUCUGGUUCUCGUUGGCGGCGACGGUAUAGUUUUCGAGGCGAUCAAUGGCCUACUGCAGCGGCCCGAUUGGGACGUUUGGACAAGCGGAGCAGUCUGGCCGAUAGCAGUUAUACCUUGUGGCUCCGGCAAUGGUCUGGCCAAGUCCAUUGCUCAUUCCAAAGGCGAGCCGUACGAUCAAAAUCCCAUGCUCAUAAGCUCGCUGUCCGUCGUACGCCGGCAAACAUCGCGCAUGGACCUGGUGCGAAUAGAGACGCGCAAGCAAGUGCUUUACUCGUUCCUCUCGGUCGGCUGGGGACUGCUGGCCGACAUCGACAUCGAGAGCGAGCGGCUGCGAGCCAUCGGUGGCCAAAGAUUCACCGUCUGGAGUUUGGCUCGGCUCAUCGGACUGCGCACCUACCGGGGGACCGUAUCGUACCUGCCGCGCGAGAAGCUCCUCACAAAUGGCAGUGGCGGGGGCGACGACAAAAUAAUUCAGGAUAAUGGAAUCACGCACUCCAAGAGCUACGGCGAUCAACUCGACCGAUACACCAAUGAGAUGCGCGAAUCACGCAGUUACGACAAUGGUUUUGCCGAGACGGGCGGCACUAUUCACGAAGCCUACGACGAAGACGAUUACUUCGAUGAAGUGGAUGGUCUUGACGAGCAAUUCAUGAACGAUUCCUUGAAACUCGAGACUGAAUCGAGCGAAAUAACGUCAAUGAGACAACGGAGUGACAGUUUUUACUCGGCCAUAUCGCGAAAGUCGACUUACUUUAGUACGGCUACCGAUUCGAUGUCGAGUACUUACCAUAGCGUACAAGAUCUAAAUAUCACACAAGAUCAAAUCGAUAGCGGCAGCAGUAAUGGUUCUUGUUCGAGCAAAGUUAUGUAUGGACCAUCAUCGAAUUUACCUGCCUUGACGGCUCCAGUACCGAGUGACUGGACAAAAAUCGAAGGUGAAUUUGUUAUGGUGCAGGCAGCAUAUCAGUCGCAUUUGGGCCAAGAUUGUUUCUUUGCUCCCCAAGCAAAAUUGGCCGAUGGUAUCAUUUGGCUGCUUAUAAUAAAAGCUGGAAUCAGUCGAACAAAUCUGUUACAGUUCCUACUCGGUUUGAGUACGGGUAAUCAUUUGAAUUGUCCUGGCGUCGAGAUGAUUCCAGUAAAAGCAUUCCGAAUUGAACCAGCAGAAGGAACUGUUGGCCUCCUAACCGUCGACGGUGAAAAAGUUGAUUAUGGGCCAUUGCAGGCUGAGGUGUUUUCAUCUCUGGCUACUGUUAUGUGCCCUUGACUGCUGAACCUUAUUGUCGUUAUUAACGCAUAUCGUGUAAUUUAGCCGAGCCAAAAGUCUAAAGUAUCUGUUUAUUUUUCCUGUAUAGAUUCCGGUGCAGAUUUGUUGACUAGUGAGUAAGUAGUUAUGACUUUAAUUUGUUAGAAAAUAUAGAAGAUUGUUGAUAAAAAUAUUUUUGCUUUAAUCACAAAUGUCUUCGAACUUGAAAUUUACAUUUAUUUCGUAUAUUUUGCCAAAUCGUGCGUUAAAACAAAUGUCUUUCAAAAAGUAUUUUAAAAUAGAAAAAUAACGUCUUGAUGAUGUGUUGAAUAAAUUUAAAUUUUCCUACAUCAUAUUAUGAUUUAAUCUCCAUACUUUUCCAAGAAUACAGCCAGAUUUGCAUUUAUACUACGUCUUGAAAGUAAAAAUGUGAAAAAAGUAACUUGUAAUUUUUAAAAUAAUAAUCUUCGAUUCUGUAGUGAAAAGUUACUGCUUUUUGUAUUGAUCGAAAUGAUUUAGUGUCAAAUUUCAACAUUUUUUUUUAAAUUAUAAAAGAUAAGAUUCACUCAUGAAUUUUAGUGCAAGCAAUUGUAUAAUUCGUUGAUUUAUCUGUUAACUAUCUUUACGCCAUAACGAUGAUUUAGUUUUAGGUAAUUUAGUUAUAAAAUCAAACAUUUGAAGUGACUGUCCAGUCUAUCUUGGUUCAGUGACAAUAUCAAAAAAUUAUUAAUCAAACUUUUACACUAGCUUAUAAUACAAAUGUAUACAAAUUAGAGACAAAGAAAGUUAUUAAAAAAAAAAUCCUUUGGGUUUUAAUUAAAAACUUGUUAUAAAUUUAAAAUUUAUCCAAACUUAGUGUACUAUUUAUUUAAUCAUUUUUAAUAGAUAACAUAUUAUAUUACAAGUAAGACAAGUGAACGAGUGCCUAACUUCCCAUGUACUGGUAAAAUUAUUAUUGUAAAAGAAUAAUUCAUAUGAGUUUCAUAUGUAUAGCUUUUUCUCUUGUUGGAUCUUGUAAUGUAUGUACAAACUACACACUGAACUAUACUGAAUAAUACAUCCAAGCAUUGUGAGUGUGACUUUUAACAGAAGAAAACAAGUCAGUGUUCGUGACAAAAUAAUUUUCUACUUAAUUUACACUCUGUACUCGUAAUUAUUGCGCUAUGUAGUAGAAGCGGCUCUAUCGACUACUUUUAUUUUAUUGAAACGUCCUGGACGACAUCAUUGGAUGUUUUUCUUUAUACUCUUCAAGCCCUUCAGCAACGGUAGUCUCUAAUUUUUCAUAAUUUUUGCAUUUCAAGCAUACACUUAAUUAAAUUUUUUGAAAUUGGUUGUCUUUUAUGAUGUAAAAAUUUUGCUUUUAAAUAAACAUCCUGCGGAAUAUAAGUAAA